ACAAAGUAACAAAUGGGCUUCAUUUCGAGGCCCAAAUCAUAAAACAAAAACCAAAUAAAAACGCUGAACAUCCUAAAACCCUAAUUCCUUUGCAACUUGUAUACUUUUCUUGUAUCCAAGACAUCAUCUAAGCUGCACAAAUGGGAAAAGGAACAGGGAGUUUUGGUAAGAGAAGGAAUAAGACACACACACUGUGUGUACGAUGUGGUCGUCGUAGUUUCCAUAUCCAGAAGAGUCGUUGUUCUGCUUGUGCUUACCCUGCUGCUCGUCUCAGAAAAUAUAACUGGAGCGUCAAGGCACUUAGAAGAAAGACCACUGGAACUGGUCGCAUGAGGUAUCUCCGCAAUGUACCCCGCAGGUUUAAGACGAACUUCAGAGAGGGAACCGAGGCAACUCCAAGGAAGAAGGGCACUGCGGCGGCCUCUUAAGUGUCUAGAGAGGCAGUUUGACAUUGUUUCUUUUUAAUUUUGCCUUUUAUUGCCUGAUGAAAGUGUUGAAUAUUUGUACCUCGAGUAUUACUUUUCAUCUGUUAGAUUGGAGUUAUUGCUGUUUAAGAUAUAUGUCCAAUGUUCAUUGCUUUCUGUCUU